CCAGUGCCAACUAACCCCGUCCAUGGGAGGCCUCUGUCUGCCGAGGGCGAUCUUCAUUUUCAGAGGAGUCGAGCACCCGUAGCAGUAGCACACUCCCUUGCCCCUUUCUCUCUCCACUCCUCUCUCUAACAUGAUGCAGAAAUGCCACAGAAAAAAGGGCCAUUUUCCUCUCAUGGCACUUGUACUCUUUGUCUGCAUAAUCUUCUCAAUAUUGUACAAGGAAAUUACUACCAUUCAACGAAUCCGUCAGAGCCAACCUCAGAACGAGGUUAAUGAUGACCAACCCCAGUCCUCCGACUUCCAUCUCCAACAAGAAUUUCUUCCCAGACCCACGGUUUUACUGAAUCGAUCCCUCUCAAGCAGAGCUCCUCCUGUGCCUCUGGAUAAAUCUAGUGCAUGCAGUUCGACUGUGGAGUACAGUGGAAGAAGAGUUUUGCCAGCUGGCCGUACACCGGAGCCGGGUGGCUGGAGGGGGCAACCGCAAGGGUGCGACUUCUUUUCUGGUGAAUGGGUCUUUGAUAACGCUUCUCGUCCACUGUAUAAUGAGUCAGAUUGUCCGUAUAUGUCGGAUCAAUUAGCCUGUCUCAAGCACGGUAGACCUGAUGUUGAUUACCAGUAUUGGAGAUGGCAGCCCCUUAAUUGCAAUUUGAAGAGGUGGAAUGUGACUGAGAUGUGGGAGAAGUUGAGGGGUAAGAGACUGAUGUUCGUGGGGGACUCCUUGACUAGAGGGCAAUGGAUAUCAAUGGUGUGCUUGUUGCAGUCCAUAAUUCCAGCCGAUAAAAAGUCAAUGACACCCCAAGCCCAACUUACAACUUUUACAGCCCAGGACUACAACGCUACUGUUGAAUUUCUUUGGGCACCGCUUCUUGUUGAAUCUAAUUCGGAUGAUCCUGUUGAUCAUACAUUGCCUGAAAGAAUUCUCCGUCCAGAUUCAAUUCUUAGGCAUGCAUCACAAUGGAAGGAUGCCGACAUUUUAGUCUUCAAUUCUUAUUUGUGGUGGAGACAGGGCCCUGUGAAGCUCUUAUGGAGUAAUGAAGAUAGUGGUGUUUGUGAAGAAAUUGACGGGUUGGGAGGCAUGGAGUUGGCAAUGGAGGCCUGGGCAGAUUGGAUGGCUUCUGAUUUUGACGCCCUCAACAAGCAGGCCUUUUUUGUUACCAUGUCUCCUACACAUUUCUUGAAAGAAGAAUGGGAGCCAGGAAGUGAAGGAAACUGUUACAAUGAGAGACAGCCAAUUUCGAGUGAAAGGUACCUGGGAAACGGUAUUCACUUGCCCACCAUGCAAAUAGCGGAGAAGGUAUUGAGGCGGUUGAGCUCAAAGGUUUCUGUGCUCAACAUCACACGGCUCUCAGAUUAUAGGAAAGACGGCCACCCAACCAUUUAUCGGAAAUUCUGGGAGAUGCUGAGCCCUGAGACGCUGUCGAAACCGGCGAGUUAUUCCGAUUGUAUACAUUGGUGCCUGCCGGGUGUGCCUGAUGUCUGGAAUGAGUUGCUGUUUCAAUAUAUGUAGAAGGUCCGAUGCACCUGUGCUUUGCACUUACCACAUAUCCCAGAGAAAGCUUGUUCAUAAUAGUUACGCUGUUUUUAUGGUUUCCAACAUUCAAUUAUUGAAGGUAAUCGUUGAAAAUGGCAGGCCAAA